GAGCCAAGAUGGCGGAAGGGUGAGCGAGGAAUUUGUUAUUGGGGGUUUGUCUGUACAGGUGCUGAGACAGCCGAAUUGGUUAACUAGACUAUGAGUAUGAGGCAGGGGACAUGGUGUCAGGAGGACGGGGGCUGGUGGAGGAGCUGGUUACAGCAAGGCUACAACAAUGUACGGGACAAGUCUGCAGAGGCGCUUGAAUUCAUAAAGAGGGACCUCACAGAGUUCAGCCGUGUUGUACAGCAUGAUACGGCCUGCACUAUUGCAGCCACAGCUAGUGUUGUCAAAGAAAAACUGGCUGUGGAGGGAUCUUCUGGGACCUCAGAAAAGGUGAAGAAAGGUCUGUCUGACUUUCUCGGUGUUAUAUCUGACACUUUUGCUCCUUCACCUGACAAAACCAUUGACUGUGAUGUCAUCACAUUAAUGGCAACUCCUUCUGGCACUACAGAACCGUAUGACAGUACUAAGGCACGCUUGUACAGUUUACAGUCUGAUCCAGCUACAUACUGCAAUGAACCUGAUGGUCCACCUGAACAGUUUGACUCUUGGCUGACUUACUGGAAUCCAGAUGAAAGAAAGGCUGAAAUCUCAGAGCUACUUGUACACAGUCCAUCCAUCCGGGCACUCUACACAAAGAUGGUGCCGGCUGCUGUGUCACAUUCAGAGUUCUGGCAGAGAUAUUUCUAUAAAGUGCAUCAGCUGGAACAGGAAGAGGCACGCAGGGUUGCCCUGAAGCAGAGAGCUGAACUGAGUGUACAUUCCGAGGAAUCGAUGUGGGAGGAAGAGGAGGAGGAUUUCUUGGGUACAAAUGCAGAUCGUGUUCACAGUUCAGAGGAGAAUGUUAGGAUACCAUUACCUGCCAUCCCUGCCCUGAAUGUUGAAAUCAGCCCUGAGGAAAUCAGCCCAAGCAAGCAAAACAGUGUGCCUGUCUGUGCAACAAGUCCUUCAGAGAGUAGUGAGAGCAUCUCCCCAAUUACUCAGAUUGCCAACCCAGCCUAUCACAGCCCUGAAGCUACAGCAGAAUCAAAGGAUAUUCUAUCAUCAGAGACUGAAGAGAUGCAAGGAGGUGUGCCUAAUGCUAAUGUUGCACAUACUGUUGCAGAGCAGCCAGUGGCCAAAACUAAUGCACAAAACGGGACCAGAAAAGACGAGCCACCAUCUGACCUACGUGUUUUUGAAUUAAACAGUGACAGUGGGAAAUCUACACCUUCAAACAAUGGCCAGAAGGGGUCAAGUACAGAUGUCAGUGAAGACUGGGAAAAGGACUUUGACAUGACUGAGGAGGAGGUCCAGCUGGCAUUAUCCAGAGUGGAGGUGUCUGGAGAGCUUGAAGAUGAGGAUUGGGAGAACUGGGAGUAAUAGAGAGCUGCAGCCUCUGCUUUCCCACAGGACACUGCAUUAGAACCUGGAUUCUUGCAAAACUCUUCCUACGGCCUGUACAAUAAAUUCCUCGCAUCAUCACAACAAGUUUCCAUGGUUUCAUACAGCCAGGGAGGUUAUGGGAACAGUUCUCGUGCUGCACUGGCAUUGUAUGGGUUAAUAUAGUGAAAUGUAACAGUUUUCAGGUUUCUUAACCCAUUACUUGCCAGAACUUUGCAAUUUGAUAUGUUUAAUGGGGCUUUAUUAAGUUAGUUUUAGGAUAGUGAAAUGGAAAGCCGCUAAUCACAUUGAUUUUUAGGUUUGCGUGUGAUAAAUCCUUGUGUACUCUCUGCCCCCAGUGCAGCAGGAAUUGCCAGGAGGUGAUGGUAAUGAUAUACCACCUGCCUCCUUUGUGUUCUAAAUGGUGGGAGUACAUGACAUCUCCCCUUGCAGCUUACUAUGUCUUUCUCAGAGUUGCAAAGACACAUGACUCAAUAAAUGUUUGUUUCCAUGUUGCUGUAACUGAAGCGAUUCUGUCAGUAGACCAUUGAAUAAUCAUCUGAUUCUUAGUGUCCAAAGAGCCACCAACAAGGAACUUUGUGUACAACAUUGGAUACAUGUCUUGGAACAAUGAUCAGUUGGCAAUAUUGUUUCUAUUGUUUCCAGCUUUUUCAUUAUUCCUAGGAGAAGCCUUGACAUUCGGUAGAAUAAGAUCUAUGCAGCAUGCUCCCUUACCUGAGGGGUGUGAAUGCAAUUUUCUCUCUUGCCUUAAACUAUGGACACUGUGGUCUUAAUUUUUUUUCUUUUCAAAUCAGGGUUGUCAAAUUCAGGUCAUCCAAAUGUUAGUCUACAGCUCUCAAUUGGUUUUGAAAUUCUUAGAAGGCAGAUAACUACGAGAGUUGUAGUUGAGCAACAUCUGGGGGAAAUGAGUUGGAGAAGCCUGGUUUACAGAAAUUGCAUACAUGACAAAGGAGAAAUCAUGUAAGCAAUAAUGUAUGAAUAGCAUCCACCUUAUCCUCUCUCUUCCCCAGCCAAUUCCUGACCUUUAUCUUCCUCCUCCUCCCCCUCUGGAGUUGCAUGCAUACACAGUGAUGGUGUAAAGAAAACAUGAAUGUGGAUCAAAUCACCAGUGAUGUGGUCAUGCCUGAACACAAGCAAAAAAAAAAAAUUGAACACAGUGUCCCAUGGACUGUGGGCAAGUCUGGAACACUUGCAGCACUUUGCUUUGCAAAGGGGAUUUUUAGUAUGACAAUGUGUUACAUACAGUUUGUUCCCUAAUGAACUCCUUGUAUUUUUAGCCUGUCCGUUGUUUGUGCAAUAUAUAUUAUCUAUUUUAAGUUAUAUGGCAGUGGUGGAGGAGGAUUGCUGCUUUCAUACAGGAAAAAUAUAUCACUCAUGGCAAUUCUAACAGCUUUUCUUUUGUAAUUUAAAUCUUUCUCUAGACCCAAGAACAUGCACUUAACUGAUAAUAAACAUGGUGUAGUACGUGGGUGUCUUGAUUUGGGUCACUAAUCUCAAUUACCAUGAUAUUUAAUGCCUAGAAGUCCAUCAACAAAGUUUAUUUCCUUUACAGCAAAUAAAAUACAUUUUCAAAAC